AUGGCCUCCUCUAAAAAAGAACUUCUCAAAGACCAGCUCACAGAACCCCUCAAAGAAUCGACCGCCUCUGAUCAGCGGAAGGAAGGGACGUCUGACCACCUCAUGCCUUCUCAAGACGAGGCCUCCUCAAUCGACCCUCCAAAGGAGGGACCAAGGACCCGCUCAAGAUAUUAUACAACGGAAGAACUCAUCGAUCUCGUCGAAAAUGAGGAGUUUUGGAAUGCUGACAUUUUCAUUACGCCUCCAAAUGAUGGUCAGAUGUCGGAAGAGGAUUCGGAUGAUGAUGAAAUGCCCACUAUGAAUAUAAAUCACCUUAGUGGGCGUCAAUUGGCUGCUGAAGCUGUUGCAAAAUUUCACGGUUUGGAUGGUACCACUUAUAUAUGUGAGGAUGGGGAGGUUUCAAAUGACUAUCAAGAUUGGGAUAGUGAGGACGAGAUUCCACUGGCACAGCUUCUUCCAGAUAUAAGACGUAAAUUUAUUGAACGGGACUGGAAAAAAUGCGAUUUGGAUAUCAACUUUCCAGAAUUUGUCUCGCCCAAAGUGAGUCCACCACCGCAACACCCCGACGCAGUUACAUGUUUCGAAGUAUUUUUUGAUAUGGAUUUGUGGACUUACUUGAAGGAAAUGUUCGUCCUAUAUGCCACUCAAAAAGGGGACUAUAAUUUUGACAUAACAGUGGAUGGCAUAAAGUGCUUUGUAGGUAUUUUGUUUCUCUCGGGGCAUCUUCAAGUACCGAGAUGGCGUAUGUUAUGGGAGGUGGAUUCCGAUACGUAUAAUCCUAUGGUUGCAAAUGCUAUGCGUCGCAAUAGGUUUGAUAAAAUAAAAAAGUAUGUUCAUUGUGCAGACAAUAUGAACUUAGUUCCCGGUGAUAAGUUUGCGAAGAUACGACCAAUAUUUGACAUGCUAAAUAAGCGUUUCUUAGAUCAUGCUUUUAUGAACGAAAAAAUGAGCAUAGAUGAGAGCAUGAUUCCUUACUUUGGCAGGCAUGGCACGAAACAAUUUAUAAAGGGAAAGCCGAUUCGAUAUGGAUAUAAGGUUUGGUGUUUAUGCGAUCCAUGUGGUUAUUUGAUACAAUUCGAUCCAUACCAGGGUAAACAGAAUAACAGGCAGUAUAUGGAAUUAGGUGUAGGAGGGUCAGUAGUGCGAACAUUACUGUCAAAGCUGCCCCCUCAUCUACCAUUCAAGAUAAAGGGUCUUUCAAUAGGGACGGGUCGAUGUUGGCAGCCUGUGGCGGCCAUGUUUUUUUAA